AUGCCUAGCCUACUCGAACAGAAUGAAUCCAUCUUUACUCCAAAGAUCGCCGCUAAGCUGAAAGCCGCGAGCGACAAGGCGUCUAGGGACUUCCGCUCAGAUGUAGUCACGGUUCCCACCGAGGGAAUGAUGGAGGUCAAGCUCGCUAUUCUGAAUGCAACAUUCAAUGACGACAUCUACGAUCCUGAGGGCGAUCCAUCGGUGAAAGCUCUCGAGGCCAAGAUCAUGGAGCUUACAGGGAAGGAGGCGGCACUAUGGACGAUGUCAGGCACGCAGGGCAACCAGAUAUGCCUCAGGACGCAUCUAACACAACCACCUCAUUCGGUCCUCCUGGACCACCGGGCACACAUACAAUGCUGGGAGUCCGGGGCUCUACCUGUCUUCUCCCAAGCUACCGUUACGACUGUCCAUCCGAAAAACGGCGUGUUUCUCACACUGGAGGACGUAAAGGCGAAUAUGAUAGCCGAUGGCAACAUUCAUUUCCCGCCCACGAGGGUAGUUGCCUUGGAGAAUACUCUGAGCGGCACUAUUCUGCCCCUGCAGGAGGCGAGGAAGAUUUCCGACUUUGUACGAUCCUUCCCUGUCCCGGAGGACUGCAAGCCUGUUGCCAUGCAUCUCGACGCGGCCCGGGUGUUUGACGGUGUGGCCGGAGAGGGUGUCCAGCUAAAAGAGUACGCUGCCUGCUUUGACAGCCUUUCUAUCUGUUUGGCCAAAGGACUGGGCGCCCCCAUGGGCAGCGUGAUCGCGGGUACAAAACCAUUCAUCGAGCGGGCGAAGUGGUACCGCAAGAUGUUCGGUGGAGGAACCAGACAGCCAGGAAUGAUGGCCGCUGCCGCUCUUGCUGCGCUGGAAAACGCCGCGCCAAAACUCUCAGGAGUUCACGCCAUGACCAAGCGUGUGGCAUUUGAGCUUGACAAGCUGGGGUAUAAGUUUGCUUUGCCCGUGCAGACAAACAUGAUUGUCCUAGAUCUGGAGGUUGUUGGCAUUCCUGGCUCUGCGUUUGUGGAAUAUUGCGCCCAGAGUAACCUCGCUACAUUUCCUAAUGGUAGAUUGGUAUUCCAUCAUCAGGUAACGGAGGAAGUUAGCCAGACGUUGGUAAGCGCUCUGGGAAGGUUGAUGAAGGAUAAGAAUGAUGGGGUGAAGUUAUCGGAUGAAGAGUUGCAGUCAGGAUGCUCCUAG